CAGUCCCUGUGAUUCUGCUGACCUUGGUUCCCUGCUCAAUGCUGCUGGAGAUCAGUUGGCAGCCACAACCAAGGCAAGCAGAGGUUCAUAGACCUGUCCUGAAUUGGGGCUCUCCUGCUGCUUAUGUUCAGAGAGGGUAGCAAGGGCUAGCUAAGAUGGUACAGGGUCCCAAUGAGCCCUGGGCUGGACUGAUUGGCCUGAGCUGUCACAGUGGACAAUGCCACUGUGAUGUCAGCCUACGCCCGCUAUGAAAUGGAGGCUCCUGAACCCUGGGUGUCAGUGGAGCUGCCAUCCAGACACAGAUCAUGUGGGUAUGAACUCAACUUCUUUGCCAGCCCUCCUGACUGCAAGUUCCUGUGCUCUGUCUGCUAUGGAGUUCUCAAGAGGCCAGUGAGCUUGCCAUGCAGCUACAUCUUCUGCAAAAAAUGCACCCUCCAGUGGCUAGCCAGACAAGAUAUCUGUCCAUGCUGCAGGAAAGAGGUGAAAAGAAAAAAGAUGGUCCAUGUGAAUAAACUCUGGAAAACCAUUGACCAUCCAGAAGUUAUGUGCAAGAAUGCUGAAGCUGGCUGCUCGGUGACAUGCCCCCUGGUCCACCGCAAGAAGCACCAAGACUCAAGCCCAUUUGAGCUGAUGGCCUGCCCCAAUGAAGGCUGCUCUGCUUGGGUGUUUCAUGGUGCCCUGGCUGAGCACCAGCAGCAUUGCCAGCAGGCUGGCCGGCAGCACUGCCCCCUGGGCUGUGGGGCCACCCUGGGUACAGCAGAGCUUGCUCAUUACCACUGUGACCUCAAGCUUCCAGAGGCCUGGAGUGAGCGACAGGAGCACAGCCAGAUGCUGCUGCAGGGACUGCAGGGGCGUGUACAUAGAGUGCACCAUGGGCAGCUGGCCCAGCUCAGCCACCUCCUGGAAAAUGAUGCCACGCAUGUAGCUGAUGUGCUCCCAGAAGGCAGCGUUGGGGCUGAGGUGUGGGGAGUGCAGGGCCAAGAUGCCUUGGAAAUAAAGGGGUAAAUAAAUGCGGAGCCUGACCCACCUUACCUCCUCUGUGCCACACUCUUUAGGCCUGUUGACCUCCCCAGGCAUUACUGCCUUCUCACAAACAUGCCAGAGCACUUUUUUUGUUUUGUUUUGAGAAAGGGUCUCGUUAUGUACCCCAGGUUCUUGAAUUUGCAUCGAUCCUUCUGCCUCAACCUCCAGAAUACUGGAAUUACAGGCAUGUCCUACCAGCUGGCUACCGUAGCGAACUUUGACCUUUUUCCCUUAUGUUUUUUAUUUAUUUAUUUUUUGGUACUGGGGAUUGAACUCAGGACCUUGUGCUUGCAAGGCAAGCAGUGGCACCAUUGAGCUAAAUCCCCAGCUCUUUUGUUUUGUUACUGGGAAUUGAACUGAGGACCUUGUGCUUGCCAGGCAUGCACAGUCCCCUGAGCUAAGUCCCCACCCCUUCCCUUGUGUUUUUAAGAUCUGUCCCCACUCCCACUCCCCACUGGGUCUUGGCACUGGCUAUUCCCCCUCCUGGAAAGCUCUUCCUCUUAACUCUCCACUUGCCUACUUUCUUCUUUUCCUUCAAUGUCUUUCCCUGUACAAGUCUCGUCUCCUCUCCCAGUCUCCUUCCUGCCCAUCUGUUUUACCAACAUUGUAGUAAGUGGUAGUAAAGGCUCAAAUCUUUGAAUUCAGAGUAAAAGCUGCCCUCACAGUGGCUCACAAAGAUUCUGCCUUCUUUCACCUGCCUUCAAGAGUUCCCCAAGAAGGAUUAAAAGGAUUAAUAACUAAUAAUUAAUACUUUGAAAUAGGAAAAGGUCCAAAGGGGUGGGGGUGGUGGGAGGAGAUGGG